UCCUACCUCUCUAUUGAGGAGAGCAAAUAUGGCUGCAUAGAGCUGUCGAAUCCAACUGUGUUGGCAGCGUUUAUGUUAUUGUUGUUGUUGUCGUCGUCGCUGCAACUGAUUUAACUAUUUCACAUUUUCCCUUUCGGUUUUACUAUCUUAAUCGAUAUCUUUUAAGUUAUGCUGAAUUAUUUUGAAAACUUCACAUGAUGUCUUCUGUACAAUUAAAUUGCCAUUCUGAACACAAUGGACACCCAAGUUGAACUGUGUUGACACCACCUCAAAAGGUUGGUCAGUAGUGAGGAGCAUGCUAUUUGAGUUUUUGGGCAGGAUUGUACAGCCCUCCAUUGGUGUGGUUUCUCUUUGCCAACACCACAACUGCCAUCUGUCAUUGUUGCCACUGCACACUUAUCUCAGGCCAUGGACAGCUGGGUACCUAACCCUAAUGCUAAACCAUUUAUACCUCGAAAACGAAUGGUUCGGAAUGCCUCUGGCUUUCAUGUUCGGACAUAUUCAAAAAAGAAAAUACUGGCUAAAAUAUUUCAGGUGAGCCUGGGAAUAGUUCUCAUCAUCACUGUUAUUAUCAACAUCACUUUCCUCAUUGACACAGGUAAAAAACAGCAGGAUAACUAUGCCAAGUUGUCUGGAGUGAGCACUGACAUCCAUGAUAAACAGUCUAAAAAUGAGAAAUUAGGAAGAACUCUUUCUGUGAUAGUAGUAUCCAGUAAGGAUGCGGUUAGUGUCUCAGUUGAUGGGACAGCGGUUUUGCAUGAUGAAGAACCUGAUAAAAACCGAGGCAUUCAUGUUAUUGUCCUGAACCAAGCAACAGUAAGUGACUGUUUGUUUGUUUGUAUACAGGAAUUGCAGCUGGAUGAAGGAUCCUUUCAACUGAAACAGACUGCUCGCAAUGCAUUGAAGCAGCUUGGCAGUGAGAAAGCUGAUUUCCUCAACUGGAGAGACAUGUGGGCAUUUAUCACAAUUAAAAAAAGUGAGAAAGUUGCUGAAGCAUAUAGCAAGUCUCUUGAUUUAUCAAGUUGGGGAGAAAAAGUGACUCUCACCGCAGCAAUACCAUUAGUACCAGCUGAAUCAGAUGAUGAAAUCAACAAUCGGCGUCGGACAUUCUGCUCUAAAGUUGAAGGUUAUGGUAGUGUUUGUCAGUGCAAGGAUCCUGCCCCAAUUGUUUUCAAUCCAACUACCCUCCCACAACAGAAAAUCUCACAGGUGCCUGUAGCUGUGAUAGCAAGUGACCGGCCGCACUAUUUGUACAGAAUGUUGCAGUCAAUCUUGUCAACUCCUGGAGCUAAUCCUGGCAUGAUAACAGUAUUUAUUGAUGGUUACUAUGAGGAACCUCUUGAAGUAACUAAAUUAUUUGGUUUGAUUGGAGUACAACAUACACCACUUGGAGUUAAAAAUGCCAGGAUAUCACAACACUAUAAAGCCAGUUUGACUGCAACUUUCAAUCGUUACAAGGAUGCUGAAUUUGCCAUCAUAGUGGAGGAAGAUUUAGAUAUAUCCCCAGACUUCUUCAAUUACUUUAGUCAGACAAUGCAUCUGCUAGAUGAAGAUCCCAGUAUUUACUGUGUGUCAGCAUGGAAUGAUCAGGGAUAUGAACAUUCAUGUAAGGAUCCGUCACUUUUGUACCGCAUUGAAACCAUGCCUGGGUUAGGUUGGAUGCUAAAACGUAAACUUUACAAAGAAGAACUAGAAGCACAGUGGCCAACCCCAGAGAAGCAAUGGGAUUGGGAUAUGUGGAUGAGAGCUAACUUUAUCCGCAAAGAUCGUGAAUGCAUCAUUCCAGAUAUUUCCCGAACCUACCAUUUUGGCUCCAAAGGAAUCAACAUGAACCCGUAUUUUCAGGAAGUUUAUUUUAAAAAGCAUUCUUUCAUGACUUUACCAAACGUUCAACUGAAAGACAUUGAUAAGAUGAAGAAAGACUAUUAUGAGGUUCUUAUCAAGCAACUUAUCCAAGAUGCCAAACUUUUAAAUCACAGCCACCCUCCUUGUUCAGAAGACUUUGUUCCUAAUACCAAGGAUGAAAUCUAUGUGAUGUACAUAAAUAUGACUUCAGAUAAAGACUACACAACAUGGAAACAUCUAGCUAAAUGUUUCCACCUUUGGGAUUUGGAUGUCAGAGGAUUUCAUAAGAGUAUGUGGAGGCUGUUCUUAAAGACGAACCAUUUAAUUAUCAUUGGGUCACCAGCAUCCCCUUACUCGGAAUAUAUGCCUGCCAACAUCCUGCCUAUCUAUUUGAAUGACAGUGUUCCAUUUCGGAAAGACGGACAGUGAUGUUCUUUUUUGUUUUUUUGUUGGGGGAUUUUUUUUUUCUGUUUAUUUUGGUGCAACACUUACUUUCAUUUUUUUGUUUAAAUUUUUCCUAAGGGAUUUUCCCUUUUUUUUUAUUUGAAUUUUUUUUUCUUGGUCAUUCACCGCAAGCUAAAUCAGGGAAAAUGGCUAACAACGGUCAAUGAAUACAUUGCUGUUAGCCAAAUAGAAGAAUAUAUACCAGCUGCCUACCAGCCAUGAUGUCGUGACUGAAGACACUCUUUGUCUUUCCAUAAACUUUUUAUCAUCCUCCACUAACUGUGGCAACUAUUUUGUAAUGAAAUUGUCAAAAGUGACUCAUUGCCUUUGUCAAAAUCUCUCUCCACAAGUCUCUAAAGAGAAUUUGGCAACAGCUGGUGCACCAGCAAUAAAUGUGUUUCUUUUUGACUGAACUUGCUGUAAACUCGAACUUGUAUAUCAGAACAUUAUAUAGACAGAUGCUUAUUUUUCUACACUUUCAAACACAAUUCUUGUUCAAAAUUGUCUUUAUUUUAUUCAAACUUCAGAACCAUUUCUAAAAUAAAGAAAACAAAACAAAAAAAUUUGAUAUUUCACUCAAAAAUAUUAAACAUAUUUUCAUAUUUUUCAUUUUGCUUAUAUUUUGGUUUUUAAUUUCUUUUUAGAAUUAUAUUUCUAACCAAAGCAUUCCAUUCAGAGGUUAUUAGGUUUUAUGCCAUCUUGAUUUUAAAUUUUUUGUAGCUUCAUAUACAAUCUUUUGUUUAUCCAAACCAACAAUAUUUGUUUAUUAAGCUUUUUGGCUACUUUUAUCUUUUGACAACUUAACUUGUUCUCUUCUGUUCUGUUAUAUUCAGAUCCAAGUGAAUUGUUGUUUAUAGGAUUCUUUUAGAGUCUUAAACUUAUGGUAAUCUGUUGAUGUCAGAUCCGUCCUGUGCUUAUUCUAGCCAUGUGAUUUAAUUUAUCUAAUCAUACUACUAGACAGUAGCAGUGAAGAGUAAGCUUCAACAUAAAGUUCUUAUUAUUACUGUUAUAGGUUUAAUUUUGAAGCUAUGCUUUGUUUUAUAAACAGAAUUGCUGUAUUCCUUUGGAAAUAUACUGCUGUAAGUAGCAGAUUAUUUUCGACUUAUUUUUAGAGUUUUUCCUUCAGUUCAGUCAGUACACUGAGAAGGUACACUGUAUUUUCUAUGAUUUUUAGAGUUACAGUUGAAUGAGUUUCAAUUAAAAUAUUUUGUUAUUUGAGUCUGUUGGUAAAUGUUUAUUUUAAUCAAGAUUGUAAGAAAAAUGACUAAAGACAUUUCUUAAGAUAGAUUAACUUAAAGCUUUUUUUAAUCUUUAUGGAAUUGGUAGUUUAAACAAUGGUCCUUCCCACUAAGAUAUAAGUGAGGAUGGAUGUUUUCUUCUCUUAACAAAAUAAGCAGCUGCUUAUUUUAGGUGGAAACCAUCUAAAUGUAGUAUCUCCGGAAACGUUUGGUUUAAGCAAGUCAUGUUAUUGCAAAAGAUCAGAGUUGUGUGUUUGUUAUCUUAACUGAGGUCUUUUACAUUUUGGUGGUUAACAGAAGAUCAAGAAGAGAACAGUAAUAGGCCAAAGACUGUUUAAAAAGCAGGUUAACAUGGAUGAACUUGUAGUUUAUGCUUCAUGUGUUGGAGUUGUCAUUCCUGGAUCUGAUAUAUGCCUUAGAUUCUUGGACGUUAUAGAUUCAUUAUUUAUUUUAGGGGGUAGAAUUUAGAUCAAACGAACAUUUAAAGAAGGAUAUGGGAACAAUAAUGGUUUAAAAUUUAUAACAACAAAAUCUAUGUCAACAUACAAAAAGUACUUAUUUUUUACUUCGACACAUUGAAGUUCCUCACUGAUAUAGUUGGUGUUUACAUCUGUUAUAUAAUCUUGUGUUAGAUAUUGUUGAUGAUGAAACAAUCUUAAGCCUUAUCCCUUUGUUUAUCAUAUCUUUGUUGUUCUUGUUCAUUCUAUUUCCUCUCAUCUAAAUCUAAAGACGUUAAGUUGCCAAAAGUCUAAGUUGUUUAAAUUUAGUCAAAAUCAUCAUCAUCAUCAUCUUCAUUGUUUUCAUCAUCAUCAUCACCACCUCCACCACAAUGCUAGUGAUAGCUGGAGAAAUAUUGGAUUUGUGGAUUUGGAUUCAUAAGUUCAUAUUCUACUGUUAGCACUCUGAUGUGUCCCUUUAGAAGCCACCUUGGAUUUUACAAUGACAUGACCCCUAAUUAAACAAAUUAUUAUUAAUUACACACAUAAAAAAAAAAAGUAGCCACAAUAUCUUGCUUUAAUUUUUUUUUAUUUUCUUUUGCUAUUAUUUGCCAAUUGUUUAUUAUGUUAUCUGCCAUUCUUGCUUUUUUUUUUUCUUUUGAAAUAUAAAAUAUCAAGAAUAAAAGAAACACAUGAUAAAGAAACUAUUUUUCUAAACCCUUCAAUUUUUUUUUUAUUCAUGAAUGAAAUUCAUUGAUUGAACAUGUCUUGUUUUCUGUGUUUGUAAAUUCUUCUGUUGUCUGGUCACAUAACUUCUGUUGACUGUAGAUUUGUUUUUGUUGACUCUUGUUAUUUUGCUGUUGGUUAAAUUGAAUCAGCUCUACUUAAGCUGACCUAUAGCAUGGCCAUAAGAGAUCAACUGAAGCAUUUGGUUACUAUUUACAGCUGUGCUCAUCCUAUUGCAACCAUGUUGUCCUAAUAUUUAGGACUUAAACCAUAUUUUAUCAACACCUGGAAGUUUAUUGAAAGAAUCUCAAUUAAACAAUGAAAAUGUUGAUCAAGUACAUAGAAUUUCAGUUAUUAGUUCAUCCUUCAUUAACUCAUCCAUAUUUGAUAUAAGUGACCAGUUGAUUAGUUUCUCUCAGUGUGGUAAUAAUAUCUUGUUUGUGUCAGUCAAUGUAGUACGGUUGUGUAGCCAUGAUAUCAGGUUAAAUUUGUUUGUGAACCUAGUUGUGUGAGCCAUUUUGAUGUGAAUAUGAAAACAAUGUUUCCAUUUGCUGUGAGUUUGUUUUAUUUGUGUAACUGAUUUUGUUUUGAGUUAUCUACUUCUCAUUGAAAAUAUUUCUUCCCUGCCUUUAGUCUGAUUCUUCAAACUUUUAUUUAGGACUUCAUUCAUUAGAUAGUUUAAAACAAACUCAUAAAUCUAUGACUAAAUGCAGUUCAUUCCUCGUAAUAAAAGUCAAUGCUAUUGUCCCAAAUUAUUUUCUUUCUGCUCACACAUUUGUCAAUAUAAUCAUCAUCAUCAUCAUCAUCAUCAAUUUCAGCAAUGCUGUUGCUUUCAUUUCCACACAGUGGUACAUUUCAUUUAAGAAGAAUUCCUCUAAGAUAACUUGGACUUUAGCCAGAAACAUUAAAGUGAGAUUAAAACAGAACCCCAUUUUCCAUUUUAUUUAUGCAUUUAAUUUUUGUUUCCCUACUUCAUUCAUUAAUACUAAACUUUAUAUUAAGUGACCUAUCAUGGAAUGGUAUUAAAAAAAAAAAAAAAAAAACGUUUUGUGUCAUUUUAACAAGGGAGCCAACUGUAUCUUUGUUCAUAGAGAAUGAAUGUCUUUGUAAUGUUGAUGAAAUUCAUGUAAUUCACCUCUUGUUAAUCUUUCCUUUUUCAGAAAACCUGUAGCUAAUUACUUGUUGAAAAAUAAUCUCCUUAUCAUGUAUUUUAAAUCUUCUGUAAAUAAAUAUUUUCAUGGUUA